GUGUGUGUGUGUGUGUGUGUGUGUGUGUGUGUGUGUGUGUGAGAUAAAACUGUGAAUAUUCACAUCUAAUGCAGAAGUGAAAUCAGCAGGCGGUUUUUUAUCUGUGAAGUCAUGAACGUAUUAUGCUCUGAUGACAGUGCACUGGGUGUGUGCCCUGUUCCUCUCUUAGAGGUUUGUACUAGUGGGAACUUGCUUUCUCAGAAAUGUAUACGGGUAAAAGGCCAGUCGUUCUUCCUCCAAAUGAAUCACAAACAAUAACAUCUGAAUCAGCACUUUUAUUGGCCAAGUACAUGUACACAUAUAAGGAAUUAGACUUAUUUUGCAUUGCUCUAAAAGGCCGUAAGGCUGAACAAAUUAGAUAGGAUUAUUAUUAUGUACACAAAUAUGCAAAAAGAGAUAUAUGGUUUUAUAUAAAUAUUCUGAACAUUUAUAAAAGCACCUUUUUACCAACCAUUAUAUUUAAAUAAAACGUCAAUACACAUGUAAAGUGCUCAUAAUCAAUAAAUGCCCCCUUAUUUUUCUCAAAUUCUUCAAAUAUUUUAUACCUGGAUGCCGUUUUUUUGUUGGCUGUUUGAGUUAAUUUUAUGAUAUUUAAUUAAUUGUAUACAUUGAAUUUCAUGGUCAUGAUAAUUUACCUGAAAUACUCUUACUUUUCUUCAUGAGAAACCAAAUAUAAACUGAACAAAAUCUUUAUUUUUUGGAUCCAUAAUAUGAUUAUGAAACCUUCAGCAACCAGUGUGGUGAAUUUUGUCAUGCAAUUAGUAAAAAAGCACAUUAUUCGACCAUGUUCAAUCCAUGAAUUUUCCUUUUAUUGUGAUCAUUUUGUGUCCUCAGGGGUAUUUACAAGCAAUAUGUCGGUCAUAUUUCUCUGUUCAGUCUGAAUGGCUGAAUAUAGCAGUGACAUCACAGAUUGGGGCGUCAGGAUAUACUAUUCUGUCUCGUCCCAGGGUGCAAUGAGCGGACAUCUUUAUCCAGCAUCAAAGUAAUUAAAUUAGAAAAAUGAAGUGACUUGUUUGGAGAUACAAUUAAGACGUACAAUAUGUUACAAUACUGUAAAGAGAUACAUGUACAUCCUGUUUUUUCAAAUGAGUGUGUGAGGCAGAUGGCUGCUUUAGGGCAGGAAGAACAUCUUAUCAGUGGUUAAAAGAUGGUUGAGCCAGAUGUGAUGUAUCUCAUGAUCAUGAGCAACUACACAUGCUGUAAUGUAAUACAUCCAGUCAAUUUGCCUUUAAGUUACUACUGGACACCAAAUACAACUGGUUGAUGGGAGUAUUCAUGGGUAAUGUGUGCAGAAGAUAGUUUAACAUUAGGUUUGGGAAUAUGUUUCAGCAAAGUGAAUGAUUGCUUUUACAGAAAUACAGAGUGUCAGGAUAAAGCACAGCAUAGGGAAAUAGCCUACACUCGAAAACACAAUAAUGUUGCAUUUAAAAUGAAUCUUCUAUCUGGUAUGGAGAAUUUGAUCUCACAUAAAAUAAUGAUCAAAACUCAAACUGAGGUAAGCUCUUAAGUGAAUUCUAAAGGUUACAUUUCAUUAGUCACAAGUGGGAAAAUAUGUAGUUUGUUAGCAAGCUGUCCCUUUAAGAGGAUGAGCUGACACUGCCAUUUACUUUGAUUAAUAUAAGACAUGUCAUCUUUAAUGUAUUUUCCCUGAAAACACACAUUUACAGCCAGAAAGGGAAUUCCACCUUUUUAUUUGGGAAUUUGGUCCUACAGUUAAGACACCCUGCAGUAUGGUUGGUGAUUUUUGUGUAGCCCAUUUUAGAGAAGUAUAUGCAUCUAAUUUAACAUGACUGACUUAAAUGAUGUUUGUAAGAUGGGCCUUAAAUCCUAAUAAGUGGAAACAAUUGCUAUGCAUAAUACAAAUAACAGCAACUUGCUUGAGUUUUGACACCAAUAAAACAUAAAAAGUGUUUAUACUAUAUUUAUUAAAAAAUCUCACACAGACAUAGUAUUAUAUUGUCAUUUAAAGUUACAAAGCAUGCUGUAGAAGGUUACACUAAUAAUACAGUAGACAUGCAAAUAAUUAAGAGCUGGAAAGAAGAAAAGACAAUGAUUUGAAAAUAAUUAAAUACAGUACCACGAAUGAAAAAUCCUUGAAUAAGCCAGUGUAAAAAUACACAAAGCACAGAGGAUACCUGAUUUGAUUCAGUCAACAAUCCAUCAGAAGCCCAUAAAAGGCUGGGCAUACAAAGAAAGAUAGAAAGAGUCUGCCAGGCUAUUCUGACUCCACAGGAUUAGACAUAAUGAGACGUUCUCAUGUGCCCUAUAUCCCACAACACGGUCAAGUGUAAUCAAAUCUAUAACAAAUUACUGUAGAAUAAUAAUAAUAAUAAUAAUGAUAAAAAAGAGUGCUUGUUUGACUUACAAGGUGAAACUGGCAGCCUAAGAUAUUCAGUACAUGACUCACAUAAAAAAAGGUAUUAAAUUGUCCUGUAGGUGUGUAAAAUAUCCAUACGUGUAUAGCCCAUUUUCAUCAAUUAAUAAACCAAGAUCAAUUGUCAAAAGUAGUUUUUCUCGCCGUGCAAAGAGACAGCUGUCCUGCAGAAGAGAGAGGCCAAUCCUCUGUGUGGAAUAUUCCAGUCUGUCAGCGGCGCGCAAAGCUGAAUGGCGCAACCCACCAGGGAGUUUUUUUUUUUUUAAACAAAAGGCCUAUAAAUAACCUCAUUGGCUGUUUUCAACGCAAAAUGUUCACCUUUGUUACACACAAACAUAAAACCUUCUUCACUAUUCUGUCUCCAUUUGCACUGGGGGGUGGGGUGUAGAAAUAAAGCAGGGUUGGACAGAGAGGAAUGCUGUCUGCAGCCUCGUGACCUGCAAAUGCGCGCACUUGGCAGCCCCGAGCUAGGAGUGAACAAGAAAAACAGGCCUCCGACACACCGACUAGUACUACAUUAUUGUGUGUUCUCAUAAGCAAAUAGACACACCAAAGGGGAGGGCGUAAAAGACGCUCACGCACCAGAAUGGAGUGCGUAAAGGGCACAUUAGUGACGCAGCUAAAUACAUCGAUUCUAAAAUUGAACUCCUCUGCCGAUUAAACGAUAAAAAUCGCUUUUUUUGUUUGUUAGUUUGUCCUGCUCUGAAGCACUGAAACGCCCGUUAUCCUCCGGUCUUUGUCUGAAGCCAUAGUGCACGUACAGAAGCCUCCUCCCCCGUGUUAUUCCACUGCUGCAGUGGAUUCCUGAUGACCUUAUAUGGCAGUGUGGGGGAGCAGCAACUCGCUCGAGCUCCCAUGGCAACCGUCCAGAGCUCUCGGAUUACAUGCCGCUGGCAGGGCGAGGCAGCCCGGCAACCACUCAGCCUGAUCACGCCACUUGUAUUACGUUUCCUUCCAUUAAGUCUAUUUUACUUCUUCUUAUACAUACAGUACACCCGUAAAAAAACAACACUCCUUUGUACAAUUUUGUGAGACUUCCUGUUGCAUCACCGAGAAAAAAAACCUAAGCUCCCUCUCUGAGUACAGCCUCCGAGCCUCUCCCAGUUAUGGCGCAGCAACAUUUAACAGCACAGCGCUCUCCUUUGUCUGUAAAGAAGCCAUUUUGAGACAAGAGAACAGCAGAGAAACCAUUGAACAAGUGUAGCCUGCAUAGGCUACCACCAAAAAAGGUGUUUUUGGACAAAGGCAAGCAGUUAUAUUUAGCAGAUUUCGCUCCCAUAACAUUCCUUUGCUCGUUUAAGCCUUGGAUUACAUGUUUUGAGUUCUAACUGUGAGUUUACAAUUAAUCAAACACAUAUGGGUUACAGUUCUUUUUUUUUUACAAAAGUAUAUAAAAUAUAUUUUUGCUGGAAACGUUGUAACCACAGUUAGGCUAUCUAUUGUGCAGGUUGUCUUUCCUAUAUAAUGACAGGCUACAUUUAGUUAGACAUGUUACAAACUGUCAUAUUAAGAGAAAUAGCUCAAAAUCCAUUACCUUUCAAAAACAACAUUUCCUUGUGGUUAAACAUGAUGUAGCUCUGUAAGAAAUGUCGAAAUAGAAGAGGUUAUACUUGACUGCAAUCCUGUCUUCAAGGAGAGAGAGAGAGAUAGAGGAGAUGGUUUGCAUAUUGCCCACACAGAUGAUGCUUGAAGAUGCAUUUUCGCUGGCCGAGAGGCAAUGCCUAGCACUGAUCAAAAAGUUUUCAAAAGAGCUCUCCUCUAUCUUUCGUUGCUAAUGGAUUCCUUCCUUUUCAGGAGACGCUAUCCCACCCCUUAUUAAUGCCAUUAUUAGAGGAUCCGAAGAUGGAGCUGAAAACGUUCCUCCUAUCCCUGCGUUUAGGCCUGUUAACUGCAUUUCACCAAAGUGCUGAGGUUUGGCGAACGGCAUGGACAGUCAUCCCGGCUGCGGCUCGGCGGAGAAGCGGGGCCACCACUGCAGAAGUUACAAGUUGAUCAUCGACCCGGCGCUGAAGAAGGGAUCCCACAAACUGUAUCGUUACGAUGGGCUGACUUUCAACAUGCCCAACCCCGGGAUGCCACCGGUGGACAUGGUCCGAGACCCGAGGAUCGGUCGUCUCUGGACUAAAUACAAAGAGACCGACCUCCCGGUGCCGACAUUUAAGAUCGAUGAGUGUUAUAUCGGCGCUGUGCCUCCCAAGGAGGUGACAUUCGCCAGGCUGAACGACAACAUCAGGGAAGGAUUUCUUAGCGACAUGUGCAAAAAAUUUGGAGAAAUCGAGCACGUCGAGAUCUUGUACAAUCCGAAGAAUAAGAAGCACCUGGGGAUUGCUAAAGUUGUUUUUGAGAACGUGAAAGCUGCCAAAGUGGCUGUGCAGUCGCUUCACAAGACGUCUGUUAUGGGAAACUUCAUCCACGUGGAGCUGGACCCGAAAGGUGAGAAUCGCCUCAGGUACUUCCAGCUCCUGAUGAAUGGCAGCUACACCCCGCUGACCCUGCCUGUUGGUGGGGAGGAGGUCAGAGAAGUCUCCCCUCGCAGCCUGGCAGAAGCCUUACUGGCCUGCGAGCCCAUCCGCAGGUUGUCGGAGAGCAGUGUGUCUGCUGCUGGAGGAGCGUUGCCACCCAGCAGCUCCACCACUCCUCUGUCCCAGGAGACGGGCUACUCCAGCCUGAGACAGGACACCCCCCAGUCCCAGGGAACCCCUCACACCCCUCGGCAGACUGGCACGCCGUUCUCUCAAGACUCCAAUUUCUCCAGUCGGCAGUCCACCCCGGCGUACCAGUCGAGCCGGGCCGAGAACUCCGGAAGUUACAAAUCUCGCAGACAUGAGAGUAAGUUCCAGGAUGCGUACAACCGCAGACCGGAGAGGCCUAAGUACCGCAGCAACAUGUUCCGGGGUAACGCGUCGGAUCAGGCUCCCUUCAAACAGCACCAACUCACCCCACCUGAACCUCCACCUUCCACCCCCACCUUCGCAUACACAGCGCCUCCCCCUGCUACGCCCAACUUCAAAUCCGCUUUCUCGCCUUAUCAGGCUCCUUUGCCCCCCGCGUUCCCCCCGUCGGAGCCUGCUUUCCAUCACCCAGCCCAGAGGGAGGGGGAGUACCUCCGACCUCCGCAGCCGCCUCCCGCAGCUGCCACUGACUUUUUGCCCGUCAAGGAGAGGCCAGAAACUCCUCCGAUCCCAGAGCCCCCGCCGGAGCCCGUUCCCCACCCGACCACCCCUCCUCCUCAAACCCCAGAGCACUGCCCCUCACCUGGCUCCCCCACGCUGGACCUAGAGCGCAAUAGCCUGGAUUCUCGCAUUGAGAUGCUCCUAAAGGAGAAAAGGACAAAACUGCCGUUCCUGGAGGAGCGAGACUCGGACACUGAGGUGCGGAUGGAGGGGAGUCCCAUCUCCUCCUCGUCCUCUCAGCUAUCCCCAAUUCCCCCUUACACGGGGGGCAAGCAAAACUCCCGUCCCUGUAGUACAGGCCUGGAGGAUAUCAGCCCGACCCCACUGCCAGACUCGGAAGAUGAAGAGCCAAUUCCCGGAACUGCCUCCCUGAUCAAGAGAAUCAGUUCUCCUCUCCCGGAGAAGAUGAGCAACAGUGACCUCAACGAUAGGCAUUUUCGAUGCCACACUCCGACUGAUCAAAUGGAAACGGGUCACCAGUCGUCAGGGGAGGACAUGGAGAUCUCUGACGACGAGAUGCCCGGGACCCCCAUCGAGGGUGCAGAAUGUAAAGGCAUCGUCAUGAACUCUGCUGUGUCGGAGAUGCAGACCAUCGCCCUCCCUCCGCCCUACCUCCAGCACCAGUCCGGAUACCAACUCUCCCAUCACCACCUGCCGCCUCACUCUGCCGUCCCGGGACACCCUCACCUCACCGGUGUGCCUCACCACAUGCUGCACCCCAUGGGCCCCUUUGCUCACAGCAUGAUGCCCCUGGUGCAGAUGGAGCUGAUGAACUGCCUGCGGUGGGAGCAGUGGAGCACCGUGCCCAUGUCCUUCCAAAUGCAGCAGCAGAUGUUGAGUCGCAUGGCUCAGAUUCGAGGACCCUUUCCUUAUCCACACUAUAUAGACAGUGGUGCUUCGGGGCCGUACGCUGCACCCUACGUGCCUCUGUCUAUGGGUGCUACGCCUGCUAGCGAUGCAGCAGCAGCAGCAGCACCGGCAGGACCCGGACAGGAAUGGCAGAAUCCCAGUAUACCAAAGUUUAACCCUACUAUUCCUCCUCCUGGAUAUGAUACUAAAAAAGAGGACCCCCACAAGGCCACUGUUGACGGUGUGCUGCUGGUCAUUGUCAAGGAGCUGAAGGCCAUCAUGAAGAGGGACCUCAACCGGAAAAUGGUGGAGGUGGUGGCUUUCAGAGCCUUUGAUGACUGGUGGGAAAAGAAGGAGCACUCGGCAAAGGUAUCUUUGACUCCAGUGAAGGGUGUGGAGGGGAAGGAGGAAGAAAAACCCAAACCUAAAGAGACGAUGGGUUCAAGUCUGCUGGAAAACUGGAACAAGGGCGAGGGGCUGGGCUACGAGGGAAUGGGCUUGGGAAUCAGUUUACGAGGGGCCAUCCGCCUGCCCUCCUUCAAGGUGAAGAGGAAGGACCCGCCUGACGCUGCCGCAGCAGGAGACAGCAAGCGAGCCCGGCCCUCCACUCCAGUGGAUGACGAGCUGGAGGAUGAAGACCGGGAUCGAGACCAAGCCGAGCUCCCGAACGACGAUUCCAAACUGGACGCCGAUUCUGCAGUGGCGAAGAGACGGCCCUCGAGGCCACUGGAGCUGGACAGCGAGGGAGAGGAGGAGCUGGACACCUCAGGGAAGGAAGAGGAGUCGUUGUCUGACAGGGAGGAGGAGCCUGAGGAAACUCAGGACGGGCUGUCGUCAGGCAAAGCGAGUGGCGAUGAGGAGGGUGAUGAUGAAGACUCUUCCAGUGAAAGCGCUUCCUCAGAUUCAUCUGAUGACGAAGCCGCGAGCUCUGCCUCCUCCAAGGCCAGCUCCGUCUCGUCGGCUGAAAGCGCAGACUCCUCUGAGUACGAGUUGAGCUCAGAAGAGGAGGAGGAAGAGGAGGAGGAAGGGGAUGAGGUGGUGUCAGCACGAGAUUCGGAGGCUAAAGGCAAAGUGACCUCUUCCUCCUCUUCGUCCUCAUCAACAUCGUCGUCUGAUGAAGAGGAGAAGGCAGAGACCAAGGUGCCAAGCUCUCCUUCGGGGCCGCCGCCAGAGGAGAAGGAGGAGCGGAGGAGCAAGGAGGAGCUGAGCAGUAAAGUCAAACGCAGACCCCCCAGUCCUGAGGAGGAGGUGACGGAGGACCUGAAGCCACCCUCACCCAAAGUCAAACAGCAAGACAUUCCCGUAGUGAAGUCUGAACCUCAGGAGCCCGUAGCAAUCCUUCGGCCCCCGACCCCCACCGGGGCCUUGCCCGACAGCGACCAGGAGACGAAAGCCAAAGGUAAAGCAGAGCCUGAAGAAGUACCCUGCACCCCGGGUAGAUUACCCCCAUGCCCCGUAGAUGCUAACCGACCCCUCCCCAAAUCUGUCUCCGCAUCUGUAAUGCACCUCCCUCUCCCUCCUCUCCCGGCAGUAGAAGGUCGUUCCCUUCUCCACCCUCCCCCUGGUCCCCUCCCUGACUUCCCCCAGCGGCCCAGGCUCCCCACAGAUGAGGACCUCCCCCGCACGCCGGGUAGAGACCUGACGGAGCGGUCUCGAAGUCUGGGCAAGUCCCAGAGCACAGACACGAUGCCCAACACCCCCGGCAGUGAGGCCCCCCUGACGGGCAGCAGCCUGUUGCUCAGCUCCCCUCACAUCCCCGGUAGUCCCUUCUCCUACCCUGCACAAUCCCCCGUCCUGAGUGUUGGAGUCCCCCGCACUCCAGGAAGAGAUUUAACCUUCACUCCUGUCUUCCCUGACCCCACAGCACUGACUUUCAAUAGGAAAAUAUCCUCUGAGAGCCUGGAUGACAGACCUGUUUUCAAGGAGCCCCCCGUCAGCGCCCUGCCCAACCAGUCGGCAGAGCUUUCAGCCAGAGUCCCUGAAGACCUGCCCGCGGGUCUCACCGUGGACGUCCCGGUGCCAUCAGACACCACAUCAUCCAAGAGGAAACUUGGUCGACCCAAAGGCAAGAAGACCUUCUCUGAGUUGUCAAAUGAUCAUCUACCCCACGAUGCAGAUCUGGGAGAUCUAUCCACACAGACGAUCACGGCCCACUCCCCUGGCCGGCCGGGCCUGAUCUUCCAGGAAGAAGACGUGAAGCCUAAGACAGUCCGGCCUUCCACAGACAGCUUCUAUGAAGAAAAACCACCAAUGGUUGUGAAACCUGCGCGAAGGGCUCGACGAGGCGAGGGGGAGCUGCUGCUGGAGACCCUGUCCCCCGUCACCUCGCCCCCCCGGCCGUACUUCAGCCCGCGCUCCGAGUUUGAAGAAAUGACCAUCCUGUACGACAUCUGGAACGAAGGCAUCGAUGAAGAGGACGUACGGCUCCUGCAGAUCACUUACGACAAGAUGCUCCAGCAGGAUAACGGCAACGACUGGCUCAACGACACGCUCUGGGUCAACCAUCCUGCUACCAACAUCCCAAGAAUAAAGAAAAGGAGAAGAGACGACGGCAUGAGGGAUCACAUGACCGGCUGCGCCCGGAGUGAAGGAUACUACAAGAUCGACAAGAAGGACAAGAUCAAGUACCUUCAGAGCUCAAAGCUACAGUCAGAGGAGCCGCCGUUCGACACACAGGGGAUGAGUAUUCCCGCCCAGGUCCACGCCUCCACCAGAGCUGGCUCUGAGCGGCGGUCGGAGCAGCGCCGCCUGCUGUCCUCGUUCGCAUGUGACAGCGACCUUCUGAAGUUCAACCAGUUAAAGUUCCGUAAGAAGAAGAUCAGAUUCUGCAGGUCAGGCAUCCACGACUGGGGUCUGUUUGCUCUGGAGCCCAUCGCUGCUGAUGAGAUGGUGAUCGAGUACGUCGGACAGAACAUCCGACAGGUGAUUGCGGACAUGCGGGAGAAGCGCUACGAGGAGGAAGGCAUCGGGAGCAGCUACAUGUUCCGCGUCGACCACGACACCAUCAUAGAUGCGACCAAGUGUGGCAACUUCGCCCGCUUCAUCAACCACAGCUGCAAUCCCAAUUGUUACGCAAAGGUCAUCACAGUGGAAUCUCAAAAGAAGAUUGUGAUCUACUCCAGGCAGCCCAUUAACGUCAACGAGGAGAUCACCUACGACUACAAAUUCCCCAUCGAGGACGAGAAGAUCCCCUGUUUGUGUGGGGCGGAGAACUGCAGGGGAACGCUGAAUUAACGUCCAUGUGAGCUCCAUCUUCUCUGUCCUUUUCAUUUUGAGGAACUGAAGAGGGAAGGUUUUGUUUUGGAGAAGAAACCUGCAAGUCAUUUGUUUCCUCACAGAUUAAACUCUAGAUUGUUUACGAUUUAUGGUGCUCUUGAAAAUGAAAAACCCAUUGUUUUUUUAUGUCAAACUUUCUCAAACACUUGCUGGUGCAGCAUUUGCUCCUGUGGUACAGUAUUCAGCAUGACAUCCUUCCACAUCCAGCCCUGGUUUGUACAGUUUACACUUUAUUUUCUUUCUCUCGUUUGUCUCACAAGCUUUACAUACACCACACAAGGUACAUGGAAUCAACAGCACAUGUUCAGCUGCUACCUAACACUGUUAAGACGCACAAGCCCACCAGGAGAACUCCUCUUCUGUCUGAGGACCAGGUUGGGCCCCUAAGCAGACGGGAUGACCCCCCCCCCAGUUUUCUCGCUCCUACCUCCUCUGCACCAGUUCUCUUGGACAAUCCUGCCACAAAAUCUGGAAUAAAUCUGGAAUAUUUGGAUAUCAUGCCUGCUUUCACCAGCCAAUUAUGGAUCGAGCUGCUUCCUAUUAGUUUAUGCAAAAACAAGUCAAAGAUGACAUGCAAAAAUGUAUUAAUGAUAUUCCAGUGUUUUCCAGUUUUGUUAAGGUAGUUCCCCUCUUGCUUGUUUCUUCAAAGACACUAUAUGUAUGUGUGUGAAUGUGUGAGAGAAUUUUUCAUCAUAGCUUAGCGUGUGUGAAUGUGAGUGCACUGCCCCCUGUAGGCCGAGUAAAAGGCCGCUCAAUCACGCAGAGCAAAAGAAAGAGAAUAUUUAAGCAAUUCCUGUCAACAUCCACUAGGAAGCAUUUAUAAAAUACUUCUUAAACUAAGUUUUCAGCUUGUGAAGAAAAAGUUAGUUCUCAUUUUAAGUGCCAUAUGAAUGUUUAACCGUCUUUGUUUAACCUGAGCAGGAGGGAGAAGGACAUAAAAGUCUUUGCCUGGAGCUGUGUUAACAUGCAUGUGAGAAGAAUUGCUGCCUAUUUUUUCAUCAACGUUUCAUGAUGUUUCAGCUGGGAUUACCGUCUCAUGUCUGUAUCCUUUGCAACUACAACACUUAUUUCUCCACCAGUGUUCAAUGUUUCCUUCGAAACUGAAGUGUUUCUACAACCCAGCAGUGCUCCUGCCGGUACUUUCUUUAUAAACUCAUUAAGAUAAGAAAAAAACUAUUUGUGAAUGCACUCAAGGCUUGCACUUCUGCUUAGCAUCCCCUCAGCCAAUCAUUUCCCCCUAAAGACCAAGUAAAGUCAUUGCUUUUCAUUCAGUUUAUGGAGAAUUUCUUUUUUCACCAGUGAUGUUUAUAUUGUAUAUGAUACUACUUGUACAGAAGAUCUAAAGCUUUUUUUUAUCUACACAGGGGAAACACUUUUAAGAUGCAUCUUUCUCUCUUUUUUUUAACAAAGACUGAGUAUUUAAAAAUAUUUUCAGGGAUCUGUAAAAGGAAUGAGGGUUUAAAAAGGUUGUUUAUUUAAAGAAAAAGGUCCACUGUGUACAGGAAAAGUCACCAUCUCCCUUUUUGAAAGAUUGUUUCUUGUGGAAACGUCUUCAUUUUUUGCCUAUUUGCUUUGUAAUCUGACAAAUGUGUAAAUACUGUUACUGUGAAUACUAUAUAAAUAUAUAUAUAUUUUUGUUCCCUGGGAUUUGCUACUCCGCUCAGAGAUCAAUGUAUCAUAAUGGUGAGCGAUGAGCUGGUAGCAGGAAAUUCAGCUUGUGUCAAGCUUUGUUUUUUUUAUUUUCUGUUUGUAAAUUCUAUGAAAAGUUGUUUGCGGUGUGGAGAAAAAACAAAAGGUGCAGAAUCGGCAUGGGAAGAGGAUUGAAGGAUCAGCCAGUUUCUCAUGUCUAUUUAUUACACAACAAAUGUAUGAAAAAGGAAAAGUGGAAAUAAAGCAUUUUGCA